AUGCUCUCACGAAGCUUGCGGGCAAGCUCGCGCCGCCUCCCACUCGCCAGCCGACCCGCACCGUCCCUCCGCACCGCCUCGACAUCCUCCGCUCACGCUUCCUCCCUCCCCGCGCCCGUAAUCGACCUCUCCGCCGUCCUAGACUCUCCAGAACUCGUCAAGCGCAACCUCGUCGAACGCAAAUUCCCCCUCGACCCCGCCAAAAUCGACGAAUUGAGGACUCUCGCUUCUCGACUUGCGGAAACGAAGAAGGAGGUUGAGCGGUUACGUGCGCAGCGGAAUACGCUGGCGGCGCAGAUGAAGGGUGAUCCGGAAGCGCGGGAGAAGGGGAAGGAAGUGAAGCGGGAAUUGCAGGCUGUCGAGCCGAGGGUUGCGGAGUUGGCGCACGAGAUGCAGGAGAUUGCGCUCCAGCUGCCGAAUAUGUCGCAUCCGGACGUCCCCGUUGGCGCGGAGGACCAGGCGCGGAUAGUCAAGCUUCUGGGACCGGACUUGGGCGCGGGCGAACCUCGAGCAGAACCUGAACGCGACCACCUCACCCUCUCGUCGCCCUCGAACCUCGCAUGGACCGACUUUGCCGCCUCGGCCUUCACGACCGGAUCCUCUUGGCCUCUCUUGACAAACGAAGCAGCGUUGCUCGAACUGGCCUUGACAAACUACGCCAUGUCGGUCGCGCUCUCGCACGGCUUCAAACCCGUCUUGACGCCCGACGUCGUGCGGUCCGAAGUUUCGGCAAGGUGCGGCUUCCGACCACGCGACGACGAAGCACAACAGACGUACUUCCUCUCGGACGGAACCGAGACUUCGGCGCUCUGUCUCGCCGGAACAGCAGAGAUUCCCCUCGUCGGCAUGUCGGGCUCGCAGACGUUCCUCGAGCAGGAACUGCCGAGGAAACAUGUCGCGAUUGGAAGGGCGUUCCGGGCGGAGGCGGGCGCGAGAGGCGCGGAUAGUAGGGGACUGUACAGGGUGCAUCAGUUCAGUAAGGUCGAGAUGGUGGUUGUGUGCGCGGAGGAGGAGAGCGAUGCGUUGUUGGAGGAGUUGCGAGCGGUCCAGGAGGAGAUCUUGAGUGGACUCGGGCUGUCGUUGAGGGUCCUCGACAUGCCUACACAAGAGCUCGGAGCGUCGGCGCAUCGCAAGUACGACAUCGAGGCGUGGAUGCCCGGGCGAGGGAAAUGGGGAGAGCUCUCCUCGGCGUCGAAUUGCACCGACUACCAAUCUCGACGACUCGGGAUCCGCUACCGGCCAGCAUCGCGCAAGCACUUCCACCCUGACUCUCCCUCUCCCUCUUCCUCCUCUGCCUCUCUCGCCCACUCUCCCCCCUCUUCAGGUCGCAAGCUCGCCUACGCGCACACCCUGAACGGCACAGCAGCAGCGAUCCCUCGCCUUAUCGUCGCGCUGCUCGAGAACGGCGCGGUGUUCGAGGCGGACGGGAAGAAGGUUGCGCGGGUGCGGUUGCCUGCGGUGUUGAGGCCGUUCUGGCUGGGCAAGGGGACGGAUGAGAGGAUCGAGUGGGUGCCGGAGGGCGAGGCGUUGCGGGUGCGGUAA